AACUCUGAUGCGCCCAAUUUGGGCGGGGAACGAUUAUAAAAUGCGACGUUUCUCGUCUCGUGUAGAAGCAGCCUCUAGAGUUUCUCCUCCUCCUCCUCCUCCUCCUCCUCCUCCUCGUUAAACUACCCAUUAUUAUUAUUAUAUUGUUUGUUCCGACAAUAAUAUAAUGGGGAGUAUUAUCAGGGCGGAUGCGGAGGGGCUGAAUCAGCCACUGAUCAUCUCCAGCAAAGAUAAGAGCAGAGCAACGGAAUCAGGUGAAGAUCGGAGAGAGGAUUUUUUGUCAAAGCUGUGGGUGGAAACUCAGCAGCUAUGGCUGAUCGUUGGGCCUUCGAUUUUCAGCCGCGUUGCUGGCUACUCCAUGAACAUCAUCACCCAAGCUUUCGCUGGCCAUCUUGGCGAUGUCCAACUCGCUUCAAUUUCCAUCGCCAAUACUGUCAUCGUGGGUUUCAAUUUCGGCCUAUUGUUGGGGAUGGCGAGUGCACUGGAGACGCUGUGUGGGCAGGCGUACGGAGCAAAGAAAUACCACAUGUUGGGAAUAUACUUACAGCGCUCAUGGAUAGUACUCUGCCUCUGCUGCUUUCUGUUGCUUCCCUUUUACUUCUACAGCAGCAGCAGUGUGGUGGAAGCUGUGGAUUCACUCUCAAACUUGCUGGCCAUCACCAUUCUGUUAAACAGCAUCCAACCCGUUCUUUCAGGAGUGGCGGUUGGAUCAGGUUGGCAAUCUUGGGUGGCAUACAUAAAUAUUGGGUGCUAUUAUCUCAUUGGUCUCCCUCUCGGUUUCGUCAUGGAAUGGGUUUUCCACUCUGGUGUUUUGGGCAUUUGGGGUGGGAUGAUAUUUGGUGGCACUGCAAUUCAAACAAUAAUAUUAGUGAUUAUUACCAUGAGAACUAACUGGGAACAAGAGGCUCAAAAUGCACUCAAGAACGUAGAAGAUUGGUCUAGCCCUGAGGAAAACGAGAAGCCUCUACUCGCCUAAUUUUUUCUUUUUUCUUUUUUUUUUAUUAUUUAAAUUUUAGAUGGUGGAAUGGAAUAAAUUUUGGAAAUUGUU